AUAUCGAACUCUAUCGAACUAUCUUUUUUUCACUUUAUUUUUCAUUGAUAUUUUUGACAACCAUGUGUCAUAUAACAAAGACCAUCUUAAAUAAAGGUGAAAAGUGUAUGAUUUUAUGUUUAACUAUACAAAAUAAAAUAUUCUUUCUGUAUAAGGUUGAGACUGAUAAAGACAGAAAUCUUUAAAAAUAUAAAGACCAAUAUGUCGAACUCUAGUAUUAUGAGCAUCAGAGAGAUGAUCGAUACUGCUUUUGGGGAAUCUGAUGCUAAUGUUGUUAACUUUAAACUUAUACAAACAGUAUUGUACAUACUUGCGAGACAACUCAGAGUAUUGGAAAGACGAGUACAAUUAACAAUACAACCAAGUGUGUAUCCCUCUAGCUCUGGCUUAUCUAUUAGUGAAGUCAAAAUAAAGGCAAGCAUGCCUAAAAAGAAAAAAAAUAUAAAGGCCCCAGCUCCUAGUCAGGAAAAAUCAUUGGCAAAGCCGAUACCAGGGCAAGCUAAAUCUAAGCCAGAGACAGUAAAAACACCUAUAGACUUGUCAUCUUCGAGCAAAACUAUAUCUGAUCCAACUAAAUCUUCCGUCAGUAAAUCUUCUUCUAGUAAAACUGAAACAACCAAAACUACAACUGAUCUAUCAUCUUCCACCAAAACGACUACAGAGCCAACCGAAUCAUCUACCAGCAAAACAACAUCGGACUUUACCAAAACGUCAACUGAAAAAUCUUCCUCGAGUAAAACAACCUCGAAUUUCACAAAAACUUCAACUCUUUUAUCAAGUUCUAGUAAAACGACAUCAGAUCAAACAAAGACAUCUACUGAGAAAUCAUCUUCCAGCAAAACUACUACGGAACCAACAAAAACUUCGACUGAAUUAUCAAGCACGGAAAUGUCUUCUUCCUUAAAAACGUCUACAGAAAAGUCUUCAACUGAUAAAUCUUCUUCUUCAAAAAGUAGAUCUACCUCGGAUAAGUCUACAAGCGACGAAAGAAAGAAAAAGAGAGCAAAUUCAAAAGAAGAAGCGGCAAGGUCACCCACACCAAUGGCUUCACUUGAUACUAUGGAAACGCAAUACGAGAAGUUACUAAUUGUUGAACGUGUUCCCUCUGACGCUACAAAAACAACUAAAGAAAGAAAAAAAAGUCACACACCUCAGGUUUCCGUUGUGACCCAGGAACAGUUUGAAAAUUUAGCAAUAGCAGUGCGAGAAAUACAGAACAAGUUUGGCGCUAUUGGCAAAGCCACGUUUCCUGAAAAUCCGCAACUUAUGCAAGAACUUCGCCGUGGUGCCUCAUUAACCAAUGCUAUGGCUGCUCUGCAAUUAUCUGCACGUUUAGAAGCUGCAGAAAAAGCUUUGGACCUAAUGAUGGAACUAGUUACAGAAAUGGCCAUGAAAAAAGGAAUAAAUAUAAAUUUCGAAACAAAACAACAGGGUACUGCUGAAACGCCAGAAACGAAAAUAGUAUUUGAAGCUAACAGUACAGUAUCACAAGAACCUCCGUCGCAAUCACAAAAACAUAAGACAUUGGAUGUAAAAUCUAGAGAUAAAGUAUCAUCAAUACAAAUGUCAAAAUCAGCUACUUCAACGUUUGGUUUAGAAACAACUCUUGAUGCGAGAGUAGAAGAAGCAACAGAACGAACUGUAGAACCAGCCGAAGAACAAACUAUAGAAAUUGAAUUAAAACCAUCCAUACAAAAACCUACAAAUUUAAUAAAACCUAUGGAUCUUGAACAAGCUAUGAAAGAAAUGUAUGAUGGAAUAAUAAAAGCAGUAAAUAAUAUCACAAAUAAAACCUCGGCUACUGCUGAAAAUGCAUUAAAAACAUCGAACAGACUCGAAACUAAAUUGGAAACGGCAUUAAAUUUGGGUGACCGUAUGGAUAAUUUAGAUGCUCUUGUAUCAGAAUAUGUAGAGCAAAUAAAUAUAAUGGAUACGAAUUUAUCGUCACAGAUGACCAACUAUCAAGAACAAUUGACACAAAUGCAGCAUGACUUAGAAUCAGGAUUAGAAAAUAUGGCUGAGGCUAUGGCUAAUACUGGCGGUGAUACAGUUGCUGUUGCUGAACUAAAUGCGCACUUUACUGACUUGCAAGUUGAUUUCGACAAUACAAACACGAGACAAAAAGAAUUGAAAGAAUAUCAAGAUUGCUUGUCACUAGAUUUACAAGCAUUGCAAAAACAAAUUGAAAUACUCCGUGAAACAAAAUCUGAUCGAGAGGAAGUAGCUGAUGCUCUCCGCGACAAGGCAGGUCUUGGAGCACUAAAUGGUCUAGUAACCCUGCAACAAUUUAACGCUGUACGUGGAGAUUUUGAAAAACGUAUUGGAGCAGCUUACGAUAAAUUCAAUAACCAAGAAAUAAUCUGGCAAAAAGCAAUAGAUGAUUUACUUCGUGAACUCAAUGAAAAGGCCGAUUUAGUUCAAGUGAUGUGUUUACGUGAUGAUGUAAAUAACAAUCUUGAUAAACUCAAUAGAAGAUUACAUACAAUGAUGGAAAUUGUGGGCGAACCUAGAGCAGCGGCCGUAGCUAAAAGGCUAUUUCGUAACACUGCAUGCUUAUCAUGUAAUACGCCUGCUAACAUGGAGAUAGAGGAGCCUGGAUUAAUUCCAGUGUUGCCUGCCUUCCCCAAAACCUCCAAACGGCCUCCUACUAUCGGUGCUGAGGGUGACUCCAAUAAGAAUAAAGAAGACAUUAAGGUUUGCUACCCUGGACAACCAAUUCAACACCCAAUAGACGAAAGGGCACAAAUAUGCACGCGAUAUUGCGGUGGAUCGCACACAAUUGUCCCUAACACACUGGGUCGCGCUCCAGGGGGUAUGAUUGUGACUUCGAUGCCUCGAGACCUUGCUACAGGCGUAGGAUCGGACGGCAAAGUUUAUAUUAUUGACGAAAAUAAUAAAAUAAGAAAACCUUGUGUUCCUUGCAAUCAACCUUAUGUUACAAUCCCUCAACCAUCUGAGGCUGAUCAAGCACCAACCGAGACUUAUGACAUGGUACCGUGGGAUUUUAUGCAAGCUUUCGAACCCGAUAUCACUGAGGACGUGACUCCACCGCCACCAACCGACGAUUUAGACUAAAUUACUCUAUAUUUAACAAUUACCUAUAUAAUAUUUUUAUUUCAAAAUUUGCAUUUUAUUUCUUUGAGAUACACGAAUUUAUUAUUAUACUCAUAGUGGUAGUAUUCAUUUUAUAGAAUAAAAUUUAUAUGAAACUGAAAAAUCUGUAUUAUUUCAUAAACAAUAAACCUAAUAAAACUUGUGUAUUAGCAGAUUUUCACGUUACAGCAGUUGUGGCUCAGUAAUUAAAAGACGGGGGCUCGAGACAAGAUGAGCGUAGGUAUAAGA